CUUCGGUCUUCGUCUUUCGAUAGCGUAUGAAAAGAUUCUACAGUCAAGGCCGAAGUUAUUCGCACUACCGUUCUUGCCGGCGGGGACCGUAUCGCACUACCACUACCAUUGCCGCCAGCAUGUUCUAGUCGGAGUCGUACGAAUUAUGACAAUGCGCAGUCAGAUGUACUGGAACUGGUAGAAACAAUAAAGAUGAAGACCAAGACUGUAGUUCGCUUGAAGCCCUCCUGACACGAUUGCGAGUGCCGCGACGGGUCCGAGACCACAAGGCAGUCUUUAGCAGGCGGCUUUUCGAAAAUAUCAAUUGAUUUCCGCCGUGCCCCGGUGGCCUCAAGCUGCAGGUCGGCAUAGACCACCGAGAAGGAGGACGACAGCGAGAAAUUUGCGUCCUCCUGCUCCACCUGAGCGGAAACGUUCGUGCGCGGAAAAUCGUUAUUUGAGCCACACAGACAUCAACCAGCGGGACGACCAGUAGGCGGGAGCUCUACUUUUUCCCUGCUUCCGUACGACGGCGUGGUUUUUAGUUGGGUCAGUCACUCAGUUGUACUUACAGCGGUACUCAGACUUACAUCGGCGGCGAGAUCCAGAACCACUUCCAGUCUACCUCACCACGACGGGCCCGUGGUUAUAAGAACUAAGUUGCAGGAGCAGGACACGACCAGAUUCAAACAACCCACACAGGACGGACGAUACUUCGCUUUUACCUCCAUCUGUAGCUCUGGUUGUACCUACGCAAGCCUGCCGUUAGAAUAAUUGGUGACUUUUCAUCCGUACCACCCUGGGGAUAGCGGGCCGUAGUGCGAGGACAGGAUCGACAUCAAGGCGGAGCACCAUUAACACAACGCUCUGUUUUCUUGUUCCGUCGCUGUGAUCAUCUUCUUCCAGUUCUUGCCAGAAACAUCGCUAGUCAGCCACCCACGACGAGAAGUGCCAGCUGCAAAGCAACGUCGCGCGUGUUGAGCCGGCGCAACUCUUCAUCGUCGUGCGCAAUUUGUAGGAGCGCUUCGCGACCGCUCGGCAGGUCGACGGUAAGCAUUCACUUCGAGUCCGGAAGCCUUUAAUACCAGGUUUUUCUCUCGCAUCUUCAUCAUCUCGGCCGCAACCCGAACAAAAUCUGCCGGAAUUAGAAACGCAAUUACGCGAGGACAAAACCUGCGGCCAGAUCCCGGGUAGCUCCGUUACUGCUCCCGUCCUGGCGCAUCAGUUCGAACAAAUCCCUUGGAGCUCUCUUCUCGUCUGCGACAACGCGCGAGGAAAAGCGACUGCAACGGUUCGUGCAAGUAGAAGAACUUGUUGGCAAUCCAGGAGAGGAAGGCAACAUCUGCAGCGGAGAGUAAGAGCAGCGACUAUCUUCUUCGCGAGCCGAACAUCAAAACUGACAAACCACGGCUGUAAAAAAGCGGGAAGGUACCAAUAGAACUAAGCACCACGACGUGGCGCAGAAGUAGUCAGUCUUCGUUUGUAGUUGACACAAAGUCUUCUACCCGUCCGGGUCCGGCCAGUUCUUCUACAUCACAUAAACGAGCAGGAGAAGCGGCGAACAAGUCUUCUUGUCCUGACAAGCCCGAAGUGGUCCUCGCGCUCGCUUGUCUACUUCAUAGUCCGAAGGCAUCUAGUAGUGUAGGUCAACUUCUCCUUGUCGUGGUCGGUAUACGACGUCGCCUGGCUACUUCAUCCUCCAACGCGAAGAAAUAAGAUGUUGGCUCCCUACCAGAAAAAGUCCAACAACCGGCCGAAACGGCCCACGACGGUCGGCAGCACGAGAAGCCGUUCGUCCAGCGGCAAUCAGGCCAUCCUGAACAGCAUGCACAACACGACCUCCCCCCGGAAAAUCAUGCAGUACGUCGGCGUCUCCGAGUAUGGAAGCGUCAGGUUUGAAAUCGUCAAAGUUGAAAUAGUUUGCCAUGCAUAAGAUGCAGCCCCCAAAGUGCCUGUCUUGCAGAGUAGGCAAGUGAGGCACCAGAUUGUAAGCCUGUUGAGGGGUAGAAACUGAGCUGCUAAAGUAGCAUGACAAAAGCCGUCUUUCUUACCCAAGCAGCAUGACAAACUGGAUUUCGGCUCUACCCAAAUAAAUUUGUCAUGCGCCACUUGAAAACUGGGUCACAACUUUGACUUUCAUCCAUUUUAUGCAUUACAAGUUAUUUCAACUUUGCCGAUUUCAAUCCUGACACAUCCAUACCGAGUGCCCGAUCUGCCGCACGCUCUGCGAAACCUACGCGGCCUCCCUGGUGGCUAUCAAGUGCAAAUAUGUCUGGGUCUGGAAAGAUCCAAGAUUUGUCAUGCUUGUCUGACAUGACUCUCAAGUCUGUCAUGCACAUUACCCAAAAGCCUCAUUUUUCUGUCAUGCAGAAGUUCACUUUGUCAUGCAGAAAAGCCAAGACUUCUGUAGCACCUCCAAAACUUGUCAUGCUUGCCAGUCAUUCAAUCGACCGAGGUGUCCUCGUUUUUCGCAACCAGCAUUACAAGUUUCCAGACCCAGACAUAUUUGCAAUGCAUAGUGGCGGAAAAAACGCAAAUCUCGCCUUUCGACCGGCUGGUCGCGCAGGACUUCAUACCCGCACGGGAGUUGGCCGGGGGGACGAAAUUCUGCCGGUUUCACACCUACUGGAAAAAAAGAUACGACGUGCUGUCCUUUAUCAACAAGGGAUUGCGGGAAAACGUAUACUUACACCUUUGAAUCAGAAUGUUGAUUUUCGUCUUCAUCAGAAGUUUCAUAUGCAAGUUAAAGUUUUGCUUUGCGUCGUAGUCUGCCUCUGUACUUCUAAGUACUUGAUUUGAGUGCGAAGAACCUCUGUUCAUUUGCAAAUCAUGACAAAUGUCUGAUCAGAUACGUUACGAGGCACUGUACGACCUCCUGGCAGUAAUGGACACACAAGCGAAGGCAUCAAUAGAGUGCUAUCACGCGUGACAGCUGCACCUCCCCUGCGAGAUCGUCCAUCUUGAGCAGCAAAUCCAACAGGCGGUACCGGAACCGGUAGCACACGUUUGAUGCGUUUUACAUGACAAAUUAGUUACGAUACUUCUUCUAAUGCAGAUUUUUGUAGUACUGGCUCUGGCUCCAGUCUGUCGCGGAAAAUGUUAUGUGAGAUGCAGUGAGGCCGUUGAGGACACUGUCGAAAUUAUAGACGAACUUGAUAAGUAGCAGAGGCAGUCGUCGACGCCAAUGACUGUAUGAAAAAAAAAACUGUGAUGGGAGGGAGCAGCUGUCGCAAAUCAUAAGCGGUUGUUGGAAGACAUAAAAGAAGAGGUGGAGGGGAAACAAGUGUCCACAAGAGGCGAGGUAUAAUUUUUUUUUCGUCGUACUCAACUGUUCUGAUGACAUCAUGCAUGUGACAAACUAACAUCUCCCGACCAGUACAUUCAUCUUGGCGCAUGUGAUGAAGCAUGUAUCGCACGACGCAAUAUAAUUUCAUUUUGAACAUAAACUACAUCAUCAGGUCCGCAACUCGCUCAUCCGUGAGGCAAGGCGCUUAACCGACCUCUGGGAUGCACAUAAGAAUUGAAAGCGUGGAGCCAGUCGUUUGCGUUUGAAUUGUGCACGCAGCGAGACUCUCAAUGUUUCGCAUAAUAUCUACGAAAUGUAAAUACGUUGACCUCGAUGGUAUCCGCUAUAGUUGUUCCACGGGCUCGCUGUGGUGUGCUAGGACUACAAUAAAUUUGUGUGCUGCAGAAAAGAUUUAGAUACUAAACGCGACUACCACUGCUCUUUUUGCCUGGCAUACCCCAAGUCGAGGACUUGGACACCCAGAUCGCGUACUCAAUAGGCGACCUGCAGACGCGGCAGGCCCAGGAUCUGGCCUUCGAGUUCGAGAAUCUGGAAAGGCAGUACGGCGGGAAAAAGCCGCACUACAGCAGCGCACUGCUGGAGCUGUUUCAACAGGAACCGAGGAUGAAAAGAGCGGGGGCUUUUAACGAAGCAUUGAAAGUGGUAGACGCCGGGAAAAAAUUGGAACAGGUAUGACAUUUUGGAAACAAACUUAUAGUGAUGGAGCUUGGAAAAUGUUUCUCAUGAUAUUUGCAUUUCUCAGGCAGUGAGUGAGUGUCUUGAUUUUCGAUUUCGUCCAUUAUCAUGAUGAAAGAAUGAUUUUUCAUAUCAUAAUCCCUAACUAACCGCGCUCCGACCUCUAUCAGGUCCAAACCAUGCGGUUCAAGCGCGAAAUCGAGCGGGAGAAGUCGUUGAAGUUGUCUUGGAAGGUGUGUCAGCAGACGCGACAGAUAAACGGGAUCGUGGAUAAGAUGCAGCGGCACAGGAGAAAGGAAGAGGCGAAUCGGGAGAUCGACCGCGAAAGGUUGAAGUCCAGGGUAAAGACGGCGCUGCAGAGAUUAGAAAAGGUAUUUUGAACUAAGUAAGAAGUAUUCUUCUACCGCGUGCUUGCGCUACGCUCCGACAGAGCGGUUGGUGUUUUUCUACGUUGUGCCUUUAAUAUCUGCAGUUUUGAUUUGAACAAAUCCCGAAAUCAAAAUCUACCAGGUCCAAAGACAGGCCGUAGUGGUGAUGCGGCCGCCGUUUCUGCAGCACAUCUACCGCGUAAGGCACGUUGUCGAGGUGGAAGCCAAGAAGGACCACAGUAGCCCUAGGUCCAGCUUCAAGGAGAGACCAGCGCUCUACGAGGGACCACAGCAGGUCUCGUUUAGGACCAGAGACGUCGACGAUUUCGGACGGGACGUCAGAACCGUGGACACCUUUCCAGAGUGCAGCAGCGACUUUUUCUACACCAUGAUCAUGGGACUGCAGAACAUGGUACUUCUUUGAUGGGAUUUUUCUGGAUUGAUAUAAGUAGUUUCACUUUUCAUGUUGAUCUUUUGUUCAGUUUGUUCUGAUCUUCUAUCACUUUCAACAUCUGCUCGCAUAAUGCUAGUAAGCGCACAUCAACUUAUCCAUUCCAGAACCGCAUCGGCAUGGGUGGUAGUGCCGCGUCCAAUGCACCGGGGGAGGAGGGCUUCAAUAACAGCAACGCGAGUUCCCCGAUACGCACCAGACCGGUCUCAUCGCAAUCCCAAAACCGAAAUCGCAGUAGUAGUGCGCCGGGAAAUACCCUUACAAGACCGAAGUCCGCCCCACUAACCGGAAAUUCGUUCUUCAACAGCGCAAGCAAAAUGGGAGGGAUACACUGCGACUGGUAUGACUUGAGUUUUUUCUGAUUUGUCCAGCGGUCGGAAGCGGAACAAGUACAAGAGACGGCACAAACACUUUUGUUGUAGGGGCACAAGCAUGAAAAAAAAAACAAAUCCAGAUGCAGAACGUGAAUGAGAAUGAUCCUAUAUAAAAUCUGUUUCAUUCAUCUUGAUGCGACGUGCUUACCACUUCAUGAGGUGCGGCGCUUUCACGACGAAACCGAUCGAGCUAGAGCAAGAGAAGGACAUGCCAGCCUCCGUGCAACGAGCUUUGGAUUCGUAUAUACCGAUAAUGUCAGUGGUGUGUUUUAUUUCCGUGUUUGUCAUGUUCAUGGAACAGUAUAAGGAUGCGAAGCACUCACAAUCAAAAAGAACUCUGCAUGUUGAUGGACAAGAAGCAAUGAUGAAAAUAAUUUCGAUUCAUCUCAUUCUCAGCACGGAGUUUGCGAACGUUGCCCUCUCUGCACCCUCCGUAGACACGAUAAUACCGGGGCCGAGGGGCAUUCCGGAUGUGAAUAACAAGAAGCCGAAGCAGACCAGCAUGACUGAACUGAAAAAGAUUAUCGAGCCAACUGCAUCAACAACCGGGGACGACGGUAAGUAGAGGAAAUGUUGUUCCGCUGUUGCACUGCAUGGCUGGGUGUGUAUAUUGCUUAGAGUGUUUGAGUUUAAGAAGCCUACAUUACCCUGCUGGUCUUGCAUGCGCGAAAAAAAAGUUCUUCUAUCCAGCACGAAAAUAUUAAAUCCUAAGGUUCGCUGAAGUCCACAAAAUACGUGGCAAAGUGCUGCAGCUUCGCUUGCAUGUACAACUGGAACGCAAAGAACUCUCCAACCUACCUCCGCUCCCGGCGCCACCUGCAGAUCGACUUGAUGCAACGGACGGCGAAGAAGGAGCAGCUGGACAGGUUGCCGCAGGUCCAAACGGACGCCGGUAUGAAGUUUGUAAGGCAGGGGUAGAGCCGAUUGCACGGCGGAAGGAUGAUAUCGAUUAUGUACUAGAGCGACAACCGGUAUUGAAAACCACUUCGACUACCAAGAAAGUUGUUGCCGAGAAGAAUAAUACCAAACAGAUUUUACCAAACUACAAUGCAAAAAUGAACGGCAGGACUAGAAUUCAUCAAAUUCUCCACUUCAAAUAUUAACCUCAAUUGAAUCCAACUUAGCGCAAAACAAAAGAAAUUAAUCUUCCUCUCCUGGAGCUAUUCUUUGCAAGGAUUAUAUGCUUCUGUCGACGCGACGUCUUUAAAGUUUCAAGAUAAUGACCCGAAUUUAAAAUGUACGAGUGGUGUGCACUAGAAGACUUCUCUUCCGCGCAUACGUGGAAGUGAUAGUGACGACUCAACAAACCGUAAAAUAUCAUAUACGUUUCACACGACAAACGUACAAGCUUACACCGCUAUUUGAACUUUAUUCGCUACCGUUCUACUCAAUGUUACUUUUAUUCGAUAGAAACUGAAAACUGCACGGCUUCGGCUGUGGAUGUUCUUGAACUACCCCAUUGUAUAAACUCUACUCGAAAAAUCUUCAGUAUUUUAUUUCCAAAUGUGAUCUGCAUCCGCAAGCACCAAAUAGAAUCGUCGAAAGAAAAUGGCUAUUCGAGUAGCUUUAGCUUCUCGGGCUCUUGAUAGUUGAAGCAAACUCGACCCUGUUAGCAGUUUUCCACUAUAUUCAGCAAUAGCCGCGUCUAUUCGCUAUCGCGGCCUCCAGAUAGAGCUAAAUUUGUUUCAUCCCGUAAAAAUGUGCAAUUGCAAGCGAAGAUUUGAAAUUUUGCGCAGUCGCAGCGGCUGCAGCGAGAUUCUUGUUGAUGAUGAACUUGUUUCUCGUUUCCGAUGAUAAAUUUGUACAGACAAUAGAAUCUGGAU